UGGUCGGCUGUGCCGUGCGCCGGAUAUGCUCUGGCGCCUUCCCACAACCACGCCUCUGCCGCCGCCGUCCGCCCCCUCGGUCCCGUCCCCGUCCCCCGCCGCUUUCCUCCCCUCUCCGCCCUCCUCCAUCAUCGCCGCGGCGUCCCUCCAUACGGGACCCGCCGCAGCCCCUACCCCGCAGAUCCGCUGGGUUAGCGCUCCGGGAACCGGUCGGGGUAUGUCGUCGUCCGCUUCCAGCGCCGGGGGCGAGACCGCCGGCGAGUUCACGGAGGUCGUCAUCGUGCGGCACGGAGAGACUUCAUGGAACGCCUCGCGCAUCAUACAGGGACACUUGGAUGCAGAGCUUAAUGAUAUUGGGAGGCAGCAAGCUGUUGCGGUUGCUCAUCGCCUUUCUAAAGAAGUGAAACCAGUUGCCAUAUACUCUUCUGAUCUGAAGCGAGCAGCAGAGACUGCGCAAACAAUCGCAAGAAUUUGCAAUGUGCCAAAUGUCAUGUUUGAUCCGGCACUGAGAGAAAGACACAUUGGAGAUCUGCAGGGCAUGAAGCUUCAAGAUGCUGCUACAGAGAAGCCAGAGGCAUACAAAGCUUUUAUGUCCCAUAAGAGAAAUCAACAAAUUCCUGGUGGUGGAGAGAGUCUUGAUCAACUGUCGGAGCGAUGUGUGUCGUGUCUGUACAACAUUGUUGAGAAACACAAAGGGGAGCGAGUUAUCCUGGUUUCACAUGGCGGCACCAUCAGAGAACUCUACAGACACGCCAGCCCUACAAAGCCGCUCCACUGUAAAAUACACAACACGUCAGUGAGUGUCAUCCUCGUGUCCGAUUCCACCGGUCGCUGCAUCGUCAAGAUGUGCGGGGACAUCAGUCACCUUCAGGAGACGGGCGUCCUGGAGAAUGCCUUUGGUGGCGAUAAGAACUCCGCCUAAGAUCCCAGAUUUGGGAGCAUCGUAGUACAUACAACAUUUAUCACGUGCAGAAUACGCAGCAUUUAUCACGUGCAGACACUACUCGUUUCGGUCGUAUUUUUACUGUACCAAUCAGUCCUGUUGCUAUCAGUAUUCAGUAAUGGUCUACUAGUGGAGAAUGGUAUACUUUCCCCCGUUGGGAACGCGGGAAUUUUGCCGAAACAGUUGAAGGCCGAAUCCUUGUGGCCAGGUCGGGUUUUUUUUUUUUUGUGUUGAAGUGAGCAUGUGGAGCUGAAACCAUCUGCGUU